GCCACAACCACUGCCACCUUCGUCAUCAUCAUCGUUGUUUGUUUUCUCUCUCUCAGGAAGGACUGACGGUUACAAUGUCGGCUACUGUUGGUGUGUUGGGGUGUGGGCUUCUGGAGCACGGCAGACUACGCGUGUUGCAAGGCUCCUUGGAUGCAGUGGACGUGGACAAGGCUGCGCUUGACCUGUACAGCACGCUGCUGGAUCGCCCAGAUGUCUCCUCGUUUGAGACACGCGGCACCAAGCUCAUGAUCGUUCGCCGCGACGUGGACCAGAUGGUGGCAAUGGGUCGCGCUCGCAAGCUUGGCCUUGUUCUUCGGCGCACGGAGCUAGGCGUGCUGUUGGUGCUGUUCCAGCACCCAUGCACGGGCCAGGACGCGGUCGCUUUUGCAUCACACAUUUCGCUCCACCCUGGCGCGUGACACGGGGUGAUUUUGUGUGUUUGCGUGUGUGUGUGUGUGUGUGUGUGUGUG